CAGCAAAGGCCACUAUCAAGUAAUCAACGUAACAAAAAAAUGGCGCUGAGAUAUUUGGUAACUCGAACGGCGGCGAAUGGCUUCAGAACAGCAAAUAAAAGCCCUAGAACCUACACUACGGCGACUGCUCCGUGGAUGAAAUCUUACGCGCCGGCAGCCGAUUUCUCGCGAUUCGAUCACCAUCACCGGCAGCAACAGAGCAAGCCGAAGGCGUCAAGAGCCGGCGAUUUUGUUCCGGUAUAUGUGGCGAUUGGAAUGAUUGCGCUCUCUGUAGGUCUUGGAUUGCACACGGCGAAACAGCAAUUAGCUCAUUCGCCGUCCGUUUCCGUUCGGAAGAAACGGAGAGAGACGAUCCCGGAAGUGGUGGAGCCGGAGCACGUGGCGGAGGAGACGGAGAAGUUCUUUGCUAAAUCGUUCUUCAGAAAAGUGGCUCACGUUCAGGAAGUAGAGAAAUUUGGGGAUUACAAAGUUCCGUACGAUCCUCUGCUCGGCGAUGCUUAUGCUCAUGGCCACCGUACUGAGACGUUGAAGUCCGUCGGAAUCGAUCCGGCUUCGAACUGAAUUGAGAUUUCGGUAAUUGGGCGAUUCUAGCUUGACUCCAUGUAAAUAAGGAAUAACGAAUCAUCUACUGUGAGAAUGUAAUCUUUGUAAAAAUUUCCCGUUAAAUCGUACAACUUUGAUCGUUCAGGAUGGAUACGAGCAUGAAUGAAUGUUCGAUAAAAAAAAAAAAAAAAAAAACUACUUAUUUUGGAACUAUUUAAGAGAUUAAAGUAAUCCGUUAGAACAACAUUGGCUAAAAUAACAUAUCUUGUUCGAUAUGUAUUUUGGAUAA